AUGCUGAGCAGGCUGUGCAGCCGCGCCCCGAAGUGGGACGGCCACAUCAUCCUGCUGGGCCUCCCCCAGACGCAGGCUGGGCGCCCCGGCGGCAGGGGGCUCGUCACCGAGCUCCUCGAGACGCUGAUGAGAGCGCACAGCAUCGGGCUGCGCAUGCCCGACGCGCCCGGCGUCUGCGUGGUCGACCACGACGCGGAGGAGCGCAUGGCCGCGCUCUGCCUCAUCGAGCCCUUCCUGAGGCGGAUGGCGCACGAGGGCCACCUGCGCGCCAUCUCGGCCGACCCGCGCAACCGGGACAAUCUGUUGCUGUGUGCCCGCGUCGGGGAAGCGCGCGCUGUGGUGGCGCUGCCGGAGCAGCUGAACCAG